AUGAAAAGCCCAGACGCACAUGACCACGAUUUUAAAAGAGUUCAUGACUCCGCCCAGCACCGUGAUGAUACGCACGAGUUCAGUUACGAUACAAACACAGAAGUCUUCAGCGUCCGAUUUUUAUUUGUAAUCGCGCCUGUUUUUCUCAUCAUCUCCCUGCUCUGGCUAAUGGUCGAUUGGAAGGGUUAUCUUUCUGCUAAAUUUCGGCAUACUUUUCAUCGAAAGGUGAGAAGAUCGGUUUUGAAAAGCCCAAAGCUGAGAAAAACGGUAAAGCAUUACAAAUUCUAG